AUGAGGAACAGGAUGGAAAGUUCCUCAUCCUCCAAUGAAAAGAGAGGAUCCUCCGACCAGGCGAGGUCUUCGUGCCUGGUGGGCUACUGCCUGAUGCCUGGCUGGUACUGGUAUUUUAUGACACUGGUCAAAGAGGAGAAGUUUAUUGUUUUAGGAGUGAGGGCAGGUAGGAUUCGCCACGCAGCCGCCAAGGAAGGAACUCUCAGCAGAUCGAAGAACCUCACCGCUCGGACCGCAAAUCCACAGAAGCACUUGAAGCUCGGUCGCGGUCGGCUCGCCCACCCCAGCACGUGCUCAGCUGUUGGCCCGAUCACGCGAGGCCCUCCGUCGCGCCCGGCGCCUGGUCAGCCACCAGCGGCUAGCCCCGGGUACCGGCUCGAAGGGACCCCACACUGGUCUGCGACUGACACGUCGCCUUAUUCGCCGCCGACAAUAAAGCCGGCACACAGGCCGCUACCCGCACGCACCACGAGACCUGCUGCCGCACCCGAUGCGCAGCUUGCCAGCAAGUGGCAGUCAACGGCAACAACCAUGCCUCACGGAAGUGGGGCAUCGUCGUCCUCGCCACCGCGAUCUUCCACCAAACCCAACCGGGACCGGAAGGAACAUGGGCGCGUGUCCAAGAACUCGCAACAAAGGCUCACUUAG